GGUGCCCGGCCGCCCGAGCCGCCGCGCCGCUGCUCGUCGUCCGCCUGGCUCCUAGAGGAGCUGCUCAAGCCGGGCUCCGAAGCCGGCUCCCGCCUGGACGGCCCCGACCGAAACUUCCGUCUGAGUGAGCACCAGCAGGCCCUGGCAUCUGCCAGGCCCCGUGGAGGCGUCUCGGAGUCCUCCGUCCGCAGCGCCUGGGGUGAGCCGCAGCCCCGCGAGGGCAGCCCCAGGCGCUGGGAGUCGGCCGCGCCCACGUCCCGGGCCCGCGCGGAGCCGGCCCCUGAGCCUCCCAGCCGCAGCAGCGCCGCCCCCUCAACCUCGCCGGCUUCCGCAGCCCCCAAGGACGAGAAGCUGGCGCUGUACCUCGCCGAGGUGGAGAAGCAGGAUAAGUACCUGCGACAGAGGAGCAAGUACCGCUUCAACAUCAUUCCGGACGGCAACUGCCUGUACCGGGCCGUGAGCAAGGCGGUGUAUGGAGACCAGAGUCUACACCGAGAGUUGCGAGAGCAGACCGUGCACUACAUCGCGGACCACCUGGACCACUUCGGCCCCCUCAUCGAGGGUGACGUGGGCGAGUUCAUCAUCGCUGCAGCCCAGGACGGGGCCUGGGCCGGGUACCCCGAGUUGCUGGCCAUGGGGCAAAUGCUCAACGUGAACAUUCAUUUAACUACGGGAGGGAGGCUGGAGAGCCCCACGGUCUCGACCAUGAUUCACUACCUGGGCCCCGAGGACUCGCUCCGGCCUAGCAUCUGGCUGAGCUGGCUCAGUAACGGGCACUACGAUGCCGUGUUUGAUCACUCGUACCCCAACCCGGAGUACGACAAUUGGUGCAAGCAAACGCAGGUGCAGAGGAAACGGGAUGAAGAGCUCGCUAGGUCCAUGGCCAUCUCCCUUUCUAAAAUGUACAUUGAGCAGAACGCCUGCUCCUGAGAGGAGCAACUUGGGGAGUGAGGAGGGGAUGCUUAACUUGGUUUGCAUUUGGAAAUUUACACUAACUCUAAUCAGGGUUACAGCACUUUUUAAACUUACUAGAUUUACCGUAGGUGUGAUGCCUUAAUCAUUUUGUUGGAAUAAAUUUUUUUUUCCAGAGCCGAAGGUUGCAGCGCACCUGAAUGAUGUUUUAAUGAUAGCCUUGAGUAGUCUUAAUGCUAUUUAUAAUUUGUUGUAUAAAGUUAGCACCACUUUAUUUGCAAGCUGAUUUUCUCAUAGUGUAUAUUUGUUUAUUUCCGGUAAUCUAUUUUCUAUAAAAAUGUAUUUUUGCACAAUAUUUUUUAAAAUUGGUGUACCUCCAUUUAUGAUGUCUCAUUUUGGCAAAUGGCUUUUGGGCAUAGACCCAGAGAAGUACUUUGUAUGAAGCUUAUUUUGUACAGAGUUUGUGUUCUUUUAUGCUAUAUGGGAUUGGAACUUUACAUUUAUUCUUUCAAAUGAAAUUGAUGUCAUUGGUGUUACCAGAUAAUUGAUCCAUUCCAUCUUGAUGAGAAUUUCUUGAUUGAAAAUCGUUGGAUUUUUUUAAAAAGAAAAAGGAAAAGUUUGAAGAAAAAUUGGGGGGGGGGAAGGAAAUGAGGUAGAGGAAAAACUUCGUCUAAAGGCAGGACAAGUUUGUUCUGACUGAUCGAGUUUCUAUAUUCAUUGGUAUAGUGAUUCUGUACUUUGGUUACUUUGUUAAAGUGGCCUCUGAGAUUGUCUGGUGCUCUCAGUUUUAUUUAUUUUUCACUUGUUACAAUAGGAUUUUAACAUAGGAUGAAAUAUGGUAACAAGAUAAUAGUCUUCUGCUUUUUAUAAUAAGGAUCUCUGUACCUUGGGGAUUUAAAAAUUAACAGUAUAAAUGUCCCUAACAGCAAUUAAAUUGUGGCAGGAGAAUAUUAUCUUUGUACUUUGAUCCUUUGAAAUACUUUCAAGGGUAAAAUGGAAUUGUCCUGUAUUAUUAUGUAAAGCUAUCUAAAAAGAGCUUGUAUGGUUUGCUGGGUCAAACGUUUCCAACUUAAGCUAUCUUAUUUCCAAUUUCAACUACUUUUAGUCAUAUUUAUUAAGUAAUGCAGUUUGUACUUUUUUAUUUUGUAAUAUUUUGUGAUUUUUUUUGACUUUUUACUGUAUUUGUAAAAUAGGACUAUUCUCAGCUAAUGGAAUGAAUAAAUGCGUACUUUUAAAUUU